CCGGCAAAAAUAUAGGUUACCUUUUUUCCACUCAUAAUAACCUUACUCCCUCUCCUGACUGAAGAAGUGAAGAUCGAAGAAAACUUAUUGAUGUUUUCAGUUUCAGGUAGCAGUAACACUGCCAGAAUUAUAUGAAUGAAAGGAUGGUUGCCAAGGUAAGGUCGAACAUUUCUAGGGUGAAAGUUAAAGAAGGUACUUGUGUUGAUCAGAAUGGAAGCUCUAGAGUGUUCAUCUGUGCAGAUGAGGGAAUUGAAACCAGAGUACAAAUUGGAAAACCAAGGCGGGAUCUUCUGCAAUGCGGAAAACAAAUUGUUAAAGACAAAACUAAUCAUCUCACCAGGGGUGACUCUAAGGAUGGGCAAAGGAAAUAUGGGAGAAACAAUGGUACCAGAGACAGUUUUAGUAGUAAGCUGAUAGAAAUAAAAGGAAAGGCGCAAAGAAAAGCUUUGGCUGAUAUUAGUAAUGUCAAAACCAACGGCUUGAAGAAUGAAAUGUGUGGCUCCUACAAAUCAAUGAUUUCUUUACCUGUUUCUAAACCCCGAAUAUCUGUUGGAACCAAUAUCAAGACGAGUUCAAGGAACCCUCAUACUCAGACAAGGAUUUCUUUACCUGCUUCUAAACCCCGAAUAUCUAUUGGAACCAAUAUCAAGACGAGUUCCAGGAACCCUCGUACUCAGACAAGGAUUUCUUUACCUGUUUCUAAACCCCAAAUAUCUGUUGGAACCAAUGUCAAGAUGCGUUCAAGGAACCCUCGUACUCAGACAAGGAUUUCUUUACCUGUUUCUAGAGCUCAAAUUUCUGUGGGAUCCAAUAUCAAGACACGUUCAAGGAACCCUCGUACCCAGACAAGGAUUUCUUUACCUAAUUCUAAACCCCGAAUAUCUGUUGGAGCCAAUAUCAAGACGAGUUCAAGGAACCCCUGUACACAGACAAGGAUUUCUUUACCUGUUUCUAGAGCUCAAAUAUCUUUUGGAACCAAUAUCAAGACGCGUUCACGGAACCCUCAUACUCAGACAAGGAUUUCUUUACCUGUUUCUAAACCCCAAAUAUAUAUUGGAACCAAUAUCAAGACGAGUUCAAGGAAUCCUCGUACUCAGACAAGGGUUCCUUUACCUGUUUCUAUAGCUCAAAUAUCUGUUGGAACCAAUGUCAAGAUGCGUUCAAGGAACCCUCGUACUCAGACAAGGAUUUCUGUACCUGAUUUUAAACAGGCUAGAGAGGUGUAUACAGAUAAUAAAAAGAGAAUCCCCCUCAAUUUAGAUAAGAGUAAAGGAACUUUUGGUUUCUCUGUUAAGCCAAGAGUUGGUACAAAAAUGUCAACACAUGUUAGUGAUUCCAAAGCUCAUACUGGGAGGACUCAAGUAAACAAUGGCUUCAAAACAACGAGUAUGAAAAGUCAGCCAAGGGCCAAAAUUGUUGAUUUGACCAGAAGAUCUGUCAAGACCAUUAAUAUUGGUAAUCUGAUCAUCCAGCCUCUUGCAAAAACUUCUCUAAGGAUUCCCAGCAAAGUAAAUGUGAGUGCCAAGGUUACAUCUUGUCAGAAAACUGUGAAGAUUGUUGGUGCUAUAAAAUGUAGAAGGAAAGAAGAUGUGGCUACCUAUAAAUCUGAGGACAGUGCGUCGUGUUCCAAACAAGACCGAUUAACUCUACAAGAUUGCAUUGAUUGUAUUAACAAUCCGGAAAACAUGGGUCUGCUCAAAAGAUCUUCUCGUAGAAAAUCUUUUACAUCACUACUUAUAAAGUCAAAGCUGCUGCUAGAGGCCAAUUAUGGAGAUGUGAAGCAACAAACUUUACCAAGCAUUUAUGAUGAUCACAAUCCCCUUGAAGUUGCUGAUUAUGUUGAAGACAUAUACCACUAUUAUUGGGCUAUGGAGGCACAAAGCCAGUCUUUGGUCAAUUACAUGGAAAUGCAAGUUGAAAUCACCCCUCAAAUGAGAGGCAUAUUAAUCAAUUGGCUAAUUGAAGUUCACUUGAAAUUUGGUCUGAUGCAAGAAACACUAUAUCUAACAGUCUCCCUUUUUGACAAAUUUCUCUCCUUGGUCACAAUGAAGAGAAAUGAAAUGCAGUUAGUUGGUCUAACUGUACUUCUACUAGCAUCAAAAUAUGAAGACUUUUACCAUCCAAGCGUUUCGGAUUUGAUUGACAUAGCAGAGUCAUAUACAUGUGACCAAAUGCUUGCCAUGGAAAAGCUUAUCUUGAAUAAAUUGAUGUUUCGCCUAAAUAUUCCUACUGCAUAUGUGUUCAUGCUUAGAUUUCUGAAGGCAGCACAGUCUGAUAGUAAGCUUGAACAUCUCUCCUUUUACCUAUGUGAGUUGUGUUUGGUCGAGUAUGAAGCUUUAAAGUUCAAGCCCUCAUUAAUAUGUGCAUCGGCAAUCUAUGUUGCACGACGCACCAUGCAAAUUGUUCCUGCAUGGAACCCGUUGCUCGAGAAUCAUACACGUUACAAAGAAACACAGUUGAGAGAUUGUGCAAGGAUGAUCUUGAAAUUCCAUAAAGCAAUUGAGACAUCAGCUCUGCAAGUCACUUAUGAGAAAUACAAAACGUCUUGCAAAAAUGCCGUGGCUAACAUAAAACCUUUGAACAAGCUUCCAAUUUGAUGAUAUACAUUUCAUUGAAUUUUGUAAAUUGACUAACAAGUUCAAAUCUCACUGCUCAUAUACACUGAGGAUAACUACUAUACAUUGUAGGACUUGUUUUUUAUUUUUAAUUGAGAAUAUGUUUGAUGUAUCGCUUUGAAAGAAUCUUGACAUCCCGACGUUAGCAAAACAAUCUUUAUUAAGUUUUGUUGUCUAUGGGUGA